AUGGAGACACCGCAAGACGACGCCCUGCCUCGAAUCAGCUUGGGAUCCGAGCUGGGAGCUCUUCCAGAAGAUAGUCCUGUGGAAGAUGGCCCUUCUGACGAAUCUUUUGAUGACUACAUCAAUCAAAUGUCGGAUAGCGUUCAUUUUGAUGCCGACGACAUGGCAGCAGCGGCAGCUGCCGCUGCUGUGGAAGGCGACCCUGCUGUUGAUACUGCGGGUAUCCCUGCUGCGGGUCCUCAAGCCAGUCCUCGAAACGACAAGAACAAACAACAGGAUCACUUUACGCCCAAACGAAGUUUUUUGGCGGAAUCGCCCUACUUUAGUGCCUUUGUCGAAAAGGAAAUGUACGAGUUGGAUAUCGUCACGGGUGUUCUCAACGAUAUCUCGGCUCGCACGCGAUCCUUCACCAAAUACGGAGCCAUGAUGGCAGACGCCACACACAGUCUCUCACUCUCUUGUCGACUGCGAAAAGAAGAAGCCGCACAGGAAGAAAUCAAAAUCUCUCCCCGGCAGCUCGAUGACGAAAUUGAAAAACGCCGUCAAGCUCUGGGACCCGAAAUGUCGGAUCUAUUGGGAAUCUUGGGUGAGACACUGGAAGAAAUUGCACAGGCCCAAAUGACCAUGUGCAAAAUUUUUGACGCGACACUCUGCAAGGCGCUUGAGAGCUUUGUUCAGGCCGACAUGAGAGGAGUCAAUAUGCUCAAGUCCGAAGCCGACAGCCAAACCGUCGUGGCAGAACAAAUGCUAUUCAAGUACAUUACUGGGAGACCAUCCCUCUCCACCAAUCACUACGACGAUGGCGGCGAAUCCAAGAACGAAACGCCAUCAACACCACCCAAGCCACCCAAAAAUGCAUUUUCCAAACUCUGGUCCCGAGACGGAAGCCACUCCAAGCGCGCUAAUCCCGGCAGUGAUCCCGCACUCGACAAGGCCAUUAGUGCCGCCAAUUGGAGACUCAAUUUGGAAGAGAUUCGUCUCAAUCAAGCUACGGCAGAACUGAAACGCUUUCAGUUCACCAAACUAUUGCUCGAUGUCAAGAAUCGAAGAAAUCUCGAACUCAGCGAAGGCGCCGUCUCGUCUGCGCACGGAAUGCAAGGAUACUUUCAUUCCUCUCUCGAUCGAAUGGCAGGGUCCUUAUCCAUGAUGAAAAAAAUUGAAGAACGACAACGAGAAGCCAGAAAGGCACAUCAAAAAAUAGAAAUGCCCGUGUGGUUGGAACGAAUGAAUCUUAUUGUCAAAGUACUCAGCAACUUUCAAAGUUCGGCGGCAGAAGCGUCGCACGUUUCCUAUGCCGUCGCGGCAGGCGAUCCAAUGUUGAUUGAUAAACAAAUAACCGACGUGGGAGGUCUCGAGAAGGUAGUUCAGUUCUGGGACGUCCCGUCCAUGUUGGCCAAAAGUUCACGAUAUCGCAGGGAGGCUCCCGUGGGUGUGCUGCAUGAAGGAUGGCUCUAUCAAAAGGUAUCCUCCAUGUUGUCACUGGCGUCUUGGAAUCGACGGUGGUUCAUGUUGAAAAAGGAUGGAAUUUACUGCCUCGAAUCCAGUGCCGAGUUGAAAAGAGAAAACACGGGUCACUCCACUACGAAAGUUAAGAUCUGUGAUGUGGUGCUUUGUACAGCCAGAGAGAUACCGAAUGAUUCGACGGGCCGUUUCCGAUUUGAGCUCAUUGCUCCCCGACAAAAGACACUCUUGCUCAUGGCGCGAGGACCAAAGGAAAUGAAAACAUGGAUCAAAGCAAUUCGCAAUGCCGUUGAAAAACAAUUGGUUCAUGGCGAUCCCGAGUGCGAAACUCUGAACCAGAACAUUGGCAGACUCAAGAAAGACAGGAGAAGCACGGAGAUCGCCAUGACAGUUUUCAAACAGGAGUCCCCUCUUUCAAUGGAAAAUGCCAUCCUGGAAGAAUUGGCUGAAGAGGUCUCGGACGACGAAGAGGAAGGAAAAUCCAAGCGAAGUCCGCUCGUCAACAUGGUUUUGGAGGAGAACUCGACUUGUGCUGACUGCGGGGCGAAGAAGCCAGAUUGGGUGUCGCUGAACUUGGGUAUCCUAGUUUGCCUCGAAUGUAGUGGUGUGCACCGGUCACUCGGUGUUCAUGUGAGCAAGGUUCGGUCGCUGACCCUGGACGCGCUCAGUGAUAGCGAAGCUAAGUUGCUGCUUGCGCUGGGCAACGAAAAGGUGAACGCGGUAUGGGAGGAAACUCUCGCCCAACAACCAGACAGGCCAAAGUUAGACGAAUCCGCAGACCGGGACACACGAAUGAAAUGGAUCAAGAGUAAGUACUUGACAAAAGAUUUCAUGGCCACAAACGGAGAUAAGGACGCUGAAACCAUAAAUCGGGAGUUGUACGAGGCGGCCAAAGAAGGACGGGUACUAGCGUCUGUGACUGCUCUAGCUCAUGGGGCGGACAUUGAAUGGAAAAACGACAAGGAUGGUGGCAAAACCUCGCUGCAUGUUUGUGCAGUCCAGCCUCGUCCUAGUGGCGAGGUAAAUUGGUAUGCAAUUGAAUGUGCCGAGCUGCUUAUUCAGAACGGGGCCGACAUGAAGGUUCUAGAUCAUUCUUCGCACAAUGUCUUGGAUUGUGCUGUUAUUGGUAAUGCAGAUCGAGAAAUGGUCGAAUAUUUGGCUAAGAAAUUCGAAUAG